AUGAUAACUUAUUUUUUAAAAAUAUUGUUCUUCUAUACCACAUUUAUAAUCUUAGUAAAAUAAUUUUAAUGCUAAGAAAUAUCAUGUGGUAAAUUUUGCGAUUAGUGCGAUUAGGAUGGGUGUAUUUCAUGUGAUAAAAACUCAUUAUUAGAUGAUGAGACUUUUCAGUGUUAUGAAUAAUGUUCCUAUGGAUUUUAUUAUGAUUUUGACAGUGAGACAUGUACAGAUAUUUGCCCCUUGAAUACAAUUGCUAAUGAGGAUAGCAUAACUUGCGAAAAAAACUUCAUUAUUGGAGCUUAUAAUUCAGAAAAUGCUAUUAGGAUUUGGGAUUUGGAAACAAAAAGUUUGUAUUUAAAACUCUAAGUUUUUAAUGAAACUAUCUCAAAUUUUAUAGUAGUAGAUUAAAUUUAGAUACAAAAUGAUACAAAAUAAACUUCUUACAUUGAUUCUUAUCUAAUUAUAUGGAGUUAAUCUUCAGAACUAGUAGUCUUUGAACUAAAAACUUUUAGUAAAAUAAUAAUAGUUCAUUUUAAAGAAACUUGCUAUUCAUUUUCUAAAGAGACUUAAAUUUUUACAAGCAUGAUAAGCUAGAAUAUUUUGUAUUUAGUUUUAUACGACUCAAUACAAGGAUAUGUAAGAUUACUGAAAGCUUAAGAUGGAGAAAUCGAUUUAAUAACUGAGAUUGUACUUGAAAAUACUAUCUAUGAUAUCAGCUUUACAGAUAAUCAAACCACGAAACAGUAGUACUAGCUCUAUGGUACUUUUAUGAUAUACAAAAUUGAUUUAACAAGCGAAAAGAUAUUAAUUCAAAUGGAUAAUUUAGGAUAAAAUUAAAUUCAAAUUGAUUUGAAAUAAAAAAUUGACUUUUUUGUUACAUCAAUUAGGCUUAUUUGCAAUUACAAGAAGAAAUUGUUAACUAUAGAAAAAACUAAAUUAUGA